CUAUUAUUCUACUGUAUAAUACUCAAUUACUUCUAACAAUACUCUCAAUAUCUUCUUCUUCUCUUCUUCUUCCUCUUCUUAUCAGUCUCGUGUGCUUUAUAUUCCUCCGCUCUCUCAACAUCACGUGAUCUUGUAAAUCCCCGAGCCGCUCUCUUCCUCAUCCAGCAUCUACACAUCCACAUCUACAUCUACACCUACAUCUACAUCUCUACGGAGAACAGGAACAGCAGCACAAGAUGUCGGCGGUUCCAAUAACAAGAGAAAUAAUAUCCAGCUUCCUGCCCUCAAAGUCCUUCUGGAACCACAAAGACGGCACAAAGAUCACGUCGAUUGAUUUCGACGACAGCGGAUCGAACCUGCUUUGUUGUGGAGAGGACGAGAGCUUGACUUUGUAUGAUGCAAAGACCGGCAGAUACAUGAAACCGCUCUACUCUAAAAAAUACGGCUGCCAUCUCGCCCGCUUCACCCACAGCUCCACAAACUGCAUCCACGCGUCCACAAAAGAAGACGACACGAUCCGCUACCUCUCCCUUCACGACAGCAGCUACAUCCGCUACUUCAAAGGCCACAAGCAAAAAGUCAUCGGCCUCGAAAUGUCCCCCUCCGACGACCGCUUCAUCUCCUCCUCCCUCGACGGCACCGUCAGAGUAUGGGACCUCAGCUCGCAAUACAGCCAAGGCAUGCUCACCAUCCCCUCGCCCGCCUUCGUCGCAUUCGACCCCGCCGGCGUCGUCUUUGCCGUCGGAUGCGAAGCCACCGCCGAAAUCCUGCUCUACGACAUGCGCAACUUUGACCGCGAACCAUUCGAAGUCUUCACCAUCGAGCCCCUCCGCCAGACCCACGCCGACUCCGCGGUCCCGACCCAAUGGUCCAAGAUCGAGUUCUCAAACGACGGCAAAACUAUCCUCAUCUCGACUAACGGACCGUCGCAUUUCCUCAUCGACGCGUUCACGGGACACACUCUCAUGCGCUUCACCGGCCAUCCUUCAGCUUUAUUCACGCCCCAGCGACAAUAUACUUCUUCCGGAAACACCUGUAUCUCCCCCGACGGCCGCUUCGUCUUCUCUGGCUCCCACGACAAAAAGGUAUACGUCUGGGACAUCCAAGCCCCUGUAAGAGACGGCGCGCAAAGACCGAUAAAAGUAUUCGACUCCCGGCACUCGAUCUCCAGCCUGGCCUUCAACCCACGCAACCUCAUGCUCGCCACUGCUGAUGAAGAGCUCUCAUUCUGGUUACCAGACCCAGCUACCAUCGAGAAAGCAAAAUAACAUGCAAUUCUUAUAACUUAGACUAUAGUGUACAAUAUCAAUUCUCAAUCCACAAAUGGUAUCAAAACACACACACACACAAAAUUCAUAACUCAUAACCUCUAUUCAUACACAAUCCCCUCCUCUCUCCCCCACGCC